UUGUUCACAUAUAUGAGUGUUAAGCACUCAAUAAUUAACCUGCAUAACAAAGGGCCGUGUCAUACCUCACCAGCUAGUGUUCUCACUUCCCAGCCUCCAUGGAUUUGGAGUCUGAAGCCACUCAUUCAGAUGCAUAUCUGGAUGCUGUAGGAGCAGAGUCCUGGCUUUUAUCUGAUCCUACGACUGGGUACCUUGAAGAUGCUAUUUCUGGUUGGGGUAUUUGGUGCAAGAAUGAAAACUCACCAUCCUACUUUCUGGAUCAAAAGGAAUCCCUUUGUCUGGAUGACCAAAUAAAUCCAUUUUCAAAUUGUUCUGCCACAACAGCCCAACUCUUUGAUGAUAGUCACGAAUUCAACGUUAGGGGUCAAUCAUCAUCACAGAAUGAUAUGCAUGCAGCAAUAAUCAAAGAUGACAGUUCUCAAAGGAGCUGGGCAUCUGGAGACACAGAAGAAAACGACGCUUCAGUUUCAAAGAGUCAAUGGAAGAAAAUAGCUUACCCAUUUGAUUUGGUGAAGCGGAGAGGAGUGGAAGGAGAAACAACACUGAAAGACAUAAAUGAGCAGAUAGUGAUGAGCCCAGCAAAGCCAAUUCCACAUCCAGUGCCACAUUCUGUGACUUCUUCUCCAUCGUUUUCAGCUCGCAGUUUCGGUAUGUCAGGGAAAGAAGUGGUGGCCCUCAGAAGGAUUCACACCCAAGGCAGAGGUUCCAUCACCAUUAUGAGAACCAAGGGUUGAGCUCAGACCUUACUCCUUGUAUUAUAUACACGUAUGUGUCCUAGUGUUUCUGUACAAAGCUCCAAGCGAAACCCUUUGUAGUUGAUAAAGUUGGACGCAGGGUUUGCUAUAUGCAUGAAACUUCACCACUAAUGGACCUCUGAAUCCAACCAAAUUACUACACUUUCUUUUGGGGAAGGAAUUGCUGUGCUAGUUUUGACAGUGAGGAACCAGGCCCUUCAAACAUUGAAACUUUACUCUGUAAUCUUAAAGAGGAAGGUUUGAUAUUGCU